AGGCAGAAGAGUAGGGAACAGGGGUAAGAGCAAAAAUAUGUGAAGCCGGCACGAAUGAAAUCACAGAGAGGAGAACAAGGAGGUACCUUAUGCCUCGGCCAAGUGAAGUAUUUAGCAGAUCCCUAAGCAAGGAGCGCUGUUAUAUAACUGUUCCACUAGCACCUGGAUGAGCUGGUCCUCAGGACGCCACCGUAUAACGCAUUAUAUUGACAGCGACUAAACAGCGACAUGGUUGGGGCGCGGCUCACUAUUUUUCUCUUUAUCGCCAUACUGCUUUCAGAUCAGAUCAAUGGACAAGCUUCUAAACUCAAGAACAAAAAGGAUCGCAGAUCAAAGGAUAAAGAAAAAGAUGGAGAUUUGAAGACGCAGAUUGACAAGCUAUGGCGUGAGGUGAACUCCUUGAAAGAAAUGCAAGCCUUACAAACAGUCUGCCUGCGGGGGACCAAAAUCCAUAAAAAAUGCUACCUAGCGUUUGAAGAAACAAAACACUUUCAUGAGGCCAAUGAGGACUGCAUUGCGAAAGGCGGAACCUUGGCGAUUCCCAGACAUGCAGAUGAGAACAAUGCCCUCCGUGAUUAUGGGAAGAAGAGUCUGCCCGGUGCUGGUGAUUUUUGGUUGGGCGUCAACGACAUGGUGGCUGAGGGAAAGUUUGUGGACGUCAAUGGAAUUGCUAUUACAUAUUUUAAUUGGGAGCGCUCACCGAAUGGAGGCAAGCGCAAAAACUGUGCAAUCUUUACCCAGGCUUCACAAGGAAAAUGGGUGGAUGAAGUGUGUCGUACCUUAAAGAAAUACGUCUGUGAAUUUAUUAUUCCAUAGAGCACGGUUCUGGUAAUGUGUUACUGAUGGCCUGUGAACACAUACUUUGAUCUGAUCCCUCUCUUAAAUUAUGUUUUCCCACCCUCACAUAAAUUUCAUUUCUUGUGUACCCUCCUGCAAGUUUAACUGAAUAGGUUUUACCCUCUGUAUUUUUCAGCUACGUUUCACAUCCUCAGGUAAUCUAAUGCUAUUUAUUUAUUUCCAUUGUUUCCUGGGAUAUGACACACAUCUGCUUUCUAUGUACAAAUGUAUCUGAUUCAGAAUAAAAAAAAGCAGUGCUGUAUUCAUACGCAAUUCAAAUAAACACAUUUGCCUGAUUA